AUGAGACUAAACACGUCUCGUGGGACGCUCCGUAGGGACGCCUUCGAGAAGUUGGCUGUCCUGUCAUCGCAGGCUCCACCUUCACACGCAGCUCAUCAGGACAUACCACGCCUUUGCUCCUUCUACCAUAAGACUGACAUCUCAUCCAAUGGAAGCGCCAAAGGUCCUAUUGGUCUCCGCGAACUCGAAGUUCUGAUUGCUUUGUGCCGCGCCUCAUCUUCGAUCGAUUCUCUGCAACACGCCGAACGUCUUCUCCAACAAAUAACACCGUAUCUAACGGAAGCCCACACUCAGACAUUCCGACCUUCGCCUUAUCUGCGCCAUGUCCAUCCAUCGCCGUGGGAAGUACUCGUGCAGGAGGUCGCGUCGGCCAUGCUCAACAUUGGUCUGAGAAUCCCUUCCUUGCGCCCGCAGGUAAUCACGACUAUCAUCGACACAAUCGACACGUACGAGCGUCAAGGUCAAAGUAUCAAUCGUCUCGAGGCAUCUGAGGAUUCUACUCUGGAUCUCGACAAUGCGUCCAAGACCAUAACUUUCUCUGUCUCGCUUCUCGGUCUUCUCUCAGCACUUUCCGAGAAGCCUCAGGUUCUUACAGUACAAGAACGCGCCUCCGUCACUCGCAAGCUUCGAACCUUGUACGUCGAGAAGUUUAUGAUUGCCAUAGAAGGAAACCUUUCUUCGAUUCGCAACUCUCAUGGCGUUCAUGUUAGAGAGUGGAAACGUUUGCUCAAGGUCUAUGCGUCCAUGGGAAGACCAUUGGGUGCAAUGUUGCUGCAGAAUGCUUUCACAAACUAUCUUGCAGCCUCAGCUACUGCCAUGGUUGCGCCUCUCGACUUUCCCCAAGGUGGGCAGAUCUUGGAUUAUCUUCUCCGACCACAAAGCCUCCCUGCUUAUGGCAGUGGUGUUGAGGAAUCAUCACUGGAGGAUCUCACUCAACUUCUGAUCGAGAUUGUCGCUCUUCUUGACGCUGAUGCCGACUAUUUGCAGGUCAGUUCGGCAUGGCAGCAACAGCUGGCCUUCUCGACCAAGGCCAGCUGUCUGAUCAGUUUCCUGUGCUGUUCGCUAGCCAACGAAGAUAUCGCUGAUGCAGAUAUCAUUAUGGGCUGGCUUGAUGGUGUAUUGACCGACCCAGUCCAACUUGCAGAUGAGAGGCUCGCUAGUGUGACCCUUAAAUGCAUGGCCAUCCUGGCAAAGACCUCAAAGGCCUUUGCUUCGAACUUGGCACGUUCCCUGCCUAGAUUUAUAGUACAGGGAAGGAUGACCAGCGACACUGUUGUCAUUGCUGCAAAUUGCCUCGCAGACGUUCUACAAAUGCUGCCCCAAGAUCUCGUCAUCAGUACACUAUACAGCCUUGGAAACGUUCUCAGCACCGGCCCUUCUACUAAUCAGGCCAACACGUCCUUGUUCAUUGAUGGAAACGGCACCACGAACGGAACCAUGAAUGGUUCAAUGAACUCCUACACUCAACAACCUACAGGAAGUUCCAUCUCUUUGAUCACUAACGAUGAUGAAGAGACAGUCCUCGUUCAUGCCGCAGUGAUUGAAGCAAUUGUUGCAAUCGCCAGGAAGUGUGAGAACGAAAAGAUCACAGCACUUGCUGUCUCCAUGUUGGUUCAGAAGAUUGGCCGCGUCAAUCAAGCUGUCGAUGCUAAAAUCAUCAUGGGGUCCGCAGCUCUUGGUUGUCAAAGCGAGCCGAACGAUUUGCGUCCGCUGCUGAGGUUCUAUGCAAAACAUGUUACCGAGGCUCUAGCUUCUGACAAUACUCCUAUGCUCCAGGCAGUCAUGGAAGCUCGUAUGUUGAUGGCAAGGAGCAUNCCCCCAACGUCUCCUCUCUACGAGAUCUAUCUCACUCAUCUGUUGGAUGGCGUCGUAAGCACAAGCGAUGUUACCAACCGCGAUACCAGAACCAUGGUGAUCGACAAACUAGCUGUUGACCAGAUUUCACAAGUGUUACCUCCUCUGGCUGCGCUUGCAGCAUUCAUGCCUUACGAGUAUGCGCAAUUCGAAGAUCCGGAGAUGGUUUCUGCACUCAGUCGCGAUGCCUGGUUCAACCUCAUUGCGCAUGACUUUUCUCUCAACUCAUCGUUUGCGAAGCAACAUCAGCAAGAGCUUCAGACUCUGGCGUGGUACACUCCGUCUUUGAUUGACAGUAACAAAGCCGACACCCAAGAGAGUGGUAUCGAUCUCAAUACCGUCCUUCGUCGUGGCAUGACUCCUCAACAUGCCGUACAGCUAAAGUCGCAGUUGAUAUCUGCUCUACCAGCACAUGAAACGGACAUCAAGAAUCUCAACUAUGCCGAGCUCACCUUCUUGAACGCUGCUCAUCUGGUAGCAGUGCUGCGUGCUCAAUCCGGAGAUUGCACAAGGACACUCGAAUACUUCUUGGAUCCCAAGUUCAAGAGCGGUGCUCUCAGUAACUGUCUGCUCGGCGUAGCAUUGAGCGCAGUUGAUACCUACUUGGCGCUUACCAUGACUGGCCGCAGCCAGACCUUUUCGGCAGCAAAUCUUGCGCAACAGCUAGCAAGGCUGCUUGAAAACUGCUGUCAUCGAAUCGACAAGGUGCAACAGGUUGCUACGCUGGCCGCUGAUCGCAUUAUCGACCAAGUACCUUCGUCACUUUGCCAGAGAACGUCACUCUUCGCUCUCCUAGAACUGCUCAGCCUAAUGUGGAUCAGUUGCCUGGAGGCGGAGACUGACGAGUACGAAUGCAAGUCCUUCUACAGCUCGGCGAAGGGUAAUGUUUCCCUGCAGCUCUCCGACAAUUUUGCUUACAGGCAGACUACAUUGCGAGCAUUCCAACAGAAAUGUCGCCGCUGGGUGCUUAAGACGCUUGACCGUGCCCCGCUAGACAUGAAAGGACUUCUGCAGACAUAUCUCUCUGAUUAUGAUGAUGAGGAAGCGUAUGGUCGUAUCUCUAUGGGCAGAUCGUUCGCUCUUGAACUCGGUUCUCUCAUCCCGGGGACCGACCAGAGGCUUGGCGCUAUCGACCGUAGGAUGGAUCCAGGGGUCAACACUGCUUCAGAUUUUGUUGCACAAUACACCACUCGCCAAGAAUACCGCUACCUGGAUACAACGUCGAGACAAGAUGAAGAGCUUUUGCACGCACAACAGACUGGUAUCAUCGGCUUGCCACGGUCUGCUUUGAGUGAACAGGCUCGUGAGAUCACCGCUACCUUGCGAGAAAUGAACAACAAUCUUCGAAACCACCACCCAGCCUCAGCUGAAGACUUACGAUCCAAUCUCAGACGUGCGGCAGCAAUACUAUGCAAAGUAGACGCCGAUCGCUUUGGGCUUGCUCAGCAGUUGGUCAGUAUUCCUUUUACCUCUUUUAGCAAACCAGCUAUCAAACUCGGUGUCUCGCUCUGGAUGGGAGUGAUCAAAGAGAAUCCGCAAAUGGGAUCUCGGGUCCUUGUUGAGAUUGCCGAAGGCUGGGAGACGACAAUCCAAAAGAAGCGAGGCAUUUUUAGCCAGACGUUCAACCAUCUCGACCCAUUCUAUGUUAAAGAAGAGUUCGCUCCUACCGACAAGAGUGCCAUCACCAAACGUCAGCAACAGAUUCACGACUUGAUCGCACCUCAUUUCAGACUCGUACAAUUCUUGUCAAGUCACUUCAACGCCACCAGAUUGAGUAACCCACAUACUGGUCGCGUCUUCCACCGUUUGAUGCGUGUCACCCUCGCAGCCUUGAGACGAAGCGGUAGCCAUCCUCUUGCUCGCGAGGUCCAUUUCCAUGUCAUCUUAUUGGCCCUUCGAGUUAUCAGCUAUGGCACUGGUUACGACGAGAAGUCUCGCUGGGAGCUCAAGGAUCAGAUUCUGUCUGCUGCUCUUAGGUGGUUCAACUUCCCCGCUCGGUGGUCCUAUGGCGGAAACAAGUUGCAAGUCAAAGCUGAAGUGCAAGUCAUGUCGGAUGUCAUCCUGGCAAUUCAAGCUGUCGCUUCUAUGGGAGCAAAGAUGUUGCCUCCUAUGCAGCCAUUGCAAGCGAAACAGGAUUUGCUUCUCCACUUGCUGCAGAACGAAAUCACCAGAUUGAAUGUGUGGUUGUCCCCCCUAGGACAGGACACUCCGCAUACCACAUAUGGUCAGCAGGGUAAAAGCAAUGAUGUGAGUGCUCUCUUUCCCCUAGAAACGGCACAACUAACGUCACAGACUGCAAUCGCUGCUCUGAUCACGACCGCUUGGGCAGAAGCGCCGUCUCUGGCCGUGCAGAUGGCAUUCAGAUUCCCUUCGUCACUUAUUCAGAAUCAGGUCCGCUCGUUGUUGGUCACCUCUCCGGAGAAGGCGCUUCACGAGCCCGAUGCUCUGCAAAUAAUGCUCGGUACCAGCAUGCCGCAUGACGUCUCAUCCCAACUAAAGAUCGUGCAGACGCUCCGUUACGAUCUGCUGGGCUAUGUCGAACGUUACAUUGUCGAAACUGCCAAGUUCUCUGGCCUGUUCGCGCAUCAAAUUAUUUGGAACAUCAAGGCCAAUGCUUUCAAAGACGAAGAUUCACAGAUUCCGGAUCCCGUCAAGCCAACGCUCGACAAAGUCAUGGAUUCGCUCAUCUCCAGUUUCUCGGACGAAGACCGAGACUUCUAUGAGCGCGAGUUUGGAUUCUUUAGUGAAGUGACAAGCAUCUCUGGAAAGCUCAAGCCUUUCAUCAAGAGACCAAAGCCGGAGAAGAAGGCAAAGAUCGAAGAGGAGUUACGCAAGAUCCAAGUCGACGUUGGUGUUUAUCUCCCAAGUAACCCUGAUGGAGUUGUUGUGGGCAUCGACCGAAAGUCUGGAAAGCCUCUACAGAGUCACGCCAAAGCCCCGUACAUGGCGACCUUCCGUAUCCGUAAAGAGAGAAGUCCAGAUCUCGAAGCAGUUGACGAGCAGCUGGAUCAUGUAGCCGAAGAAGGCGAAUCCCGGAAAGAGACUAGCUACGAAGUGUGGCAGUCGGCAAUCUUCAAGGUAGGUGACGAUUGUCGUCAGGACGUGCUGGCCCUGCAGAUGAUUGCAGCUUUCCGUGGCAUCUUCAACAACGUCGGACUGGAUGUUUACGUCUUCCCAUACAGAGUGACAGCCACAGCUCCUGGAUGUGGUGUCAUCGAUGUCCUUCCAAACUCCAUCUCGCGUGAUAUGCUUGGUCGCGAAGCGGUCAAUGGACUUUACGAAUACUGGGUAUCGAAAUACGGAACAGAGGAUUCUCUUCGUUUCCAACAGGCACGCAGCAAUUUCGUCAAGAGUAUGGCUGCUUACUCGGUCAUCUCAUACCUACUGCAGUUCAAGGAUCGACACAAUGGCAACAUCAUGGUUGACGACGCAGGUCACAUCCUGCACAUUGAUUUUGGUUUCAUCUUCGAUAUCGCACCUGGUGGUGUCAAGUUUGAACGCGCACCGUUCAAGUUGACUGGUGAGAUGAUCGCGGUGAUGGGCGGGUCGACACAGUCGCAAUCCUUCAAGUGGUUCGAGGAACUUUGUGUCAAGGCAUUUUUGGCGUCCAGACAACAUGCAGAGAAGCUGAGUCACUUGAUUGUUGUCAUGUUGGACUCCGGCCUGCCAUGUUUCAAGCCGGAAACCAUCCAGCAUUUCAGAGAGAGAUUUGUGCUCGACAAGAGUGAGCGCGAGGCGGCUGACUUUAUGCGUUCGCUUGUGCGCUGGAGUGGAAAGAGUCACAGCACGGGUGUAUAUGACCAGUUCCAGCUCCUCACGAACGGCAUCCCUUAUUAG